CACGAACUUGCGAUAACUUUUGUUUUUCCUAGUCGUCGCUCUACGUAGCAGAUGAAUAGAGAAGCGCGUGUGCUGACGGACCUGGAUUUCGAAUUUCCGUGUUCAUGACUUUCACCACUGCGCAGACAACUCCGAUAGGGCAGCCUCGCCUUCCGCGACCGGAAGCUUCGAGAUCGUUAAUCACGAACUCAUAUAUCAAAAUCUUCUAGCUCUGCUAUUAAACCCCCAUAGCUGUCACAGCUGCUCCUUUCCGGCUGCUAGAGCAGGAUGUCAAUCUGCUGCUCCGUCAUAAUCAUGUCACUUACCAAAUCAUCACAUCAACACUACUUGCCCAUAACGUCAACACACACACCAUGUUCCCAAUGGCGAGCUUUGAAUCAACGUACUUCAUCUAUUGACCUGCCAUUCUACUACGGUGUUCUCAGCACAAAAAUCUACUGCCGGCCGACCUGUACAGCACGCCUUGCCCGACGCGCGAAUAUAACGUAUUUUUCCACUUCAGCCUGCGCUCUUUCAGCCGGAUAUCGUCCCUGCAAGAGAUGUAGACCUGACGAUGAGAUGUUCUUUGGUGAGGGGGAAGAGAUAGCUAUGAAGGUCAUAGGCAUUGUCGGAGAAGGUAGGGGUAAGAUUGGUUUGGACAAGAUGGCGGCAGAGAUUGGCAUUACCAAGAGUUAUCUUUGCAGAGUGUUCAAGAAGACCAUGGGUAUGACGAUAGGAGAAUACAGCAAAGAGUUUGAGAAGCAGGGACAAGCGGACAAUGGAAGCCUGCCACAUCCUAUGGACCUGAAACCUGGUGAACAGCCUUGCGUUCCGGACUUGGUUGAGAACAGCAGUGUUCCUCAUACUGGCAAACAAAAAGACGUCUCGACGGCCAUACUCGACAGAAGUCUGGCUCUGAGUCUGGGAACGGAGCACGAUGAUCACUGGCUCGGACCCCAACCGUGCAACUACGACAACUUUCGACACUGAGAUACAAGCUAAGGUGCCGUAGCUCUGUGCAAUCUGGCCUUCAACACCUUCUGCACGACUUGCUCAUCGACAAUUUCUCUCUCGCACUUUGAUAUGUGCGACUCUGCCCCUUGUUUCUGUGAUACGACAGCCAUACACUCCCUCUCAGCAUCCUUCAAUAGUCCAUCGAGAGUCUCUACAGCGAGCUGUCUUCCCCAAGCAAAUCCGGCAGCAUCUGCGCGACCUUCUGCAAAAUCAUCUCGCAACCUGGUCGUUGUCGCCCAAUAACUCAUCAAAGCUUGAACAGCUGCAGCCUUCCCUCCAAGUUCCGAGUCUUCGAGAGGGGUUCUCUGUGCAACCCGACCUUGACGUAAGAGUGCCUUAAUCUCUCUCAUGCGUACUGUUGACUCACGGAGCUGGUCCAAUGUCUCUUGCAUACACCGAU